AAAGAAAAGCCCAUGGAAGGGAACCGGGACGAGGCGGAAAAAUGUAUCGGAAUCGCCCGAGAGGCCCUGGAAGCCGGCAACCGAGAACGGGCGCUGCGCUUCCUCAAUAAGGCCCAGAAGCUCUAUCCGACCGAGACCGCCAAAGUGUUACUGGAGGCAAUUAUGAAGAAUGGGAGUACAGCUGGGAGUGGUACUCACUAUCGAAAACCAGCAAGCGGGAACGACAAAAGUAAAACUAACAGCAUGAAGGACAGCAGUGCAUCUGCUGCGGGUGAAAUUGGGAAGACUUAUACAAAAGAUCAAAUUGAAGGAGUACAAAGCAUAAAAAAAUGUAAAAAUUACUAUGAAGUCCUUGGAGUGUCAAAAGAUGCAGGUGAAGAAGACUUGAAGAAAGCUUAUAGAAAGCUUGCUCUGAAGUUUCAUCCUGACAAAAAUCAUGCACCAGGAGCAACCGAAGCUUUUAAAAAAAUUGGAAAUGCAUAUGCUGUGUUAAGUAAUCCAGAAAAACGCAAACAGUAUGACUUCACAGGCAGUGAAGACCCCUGCAAUCAACCAGGCAAUGGUAGAUAUAACUUCCACAGGGGAUGUGAAGCAGAUAUCACCCCAGAGGACCUCUUCAACAUGUUCUUUGGGGGAGCCUUUCCAACAGGAAGUGUACAUUCUUUUUCUAAUGGGCGAUCUGGCUACAGUCACCAUAAUCAACAUCGCCAUAGCGGACAUGAAAGAGAAGAGGAAAGAGGUGAUGGGGGGUUCUCCAUGUUCAUUCAAUUGAUGCCAAUUAUUGUGCUGAUCCUUGUUUCUUUGCUUAGCCAGUUGAUGGUGUCUAAUCCUCCUUAUUCCUUAUAUCCAAGAUCGAGUUCAGGGCAGACCAUUCAGAUGCAGACAGAAAAUCUGCGUGUUGUUUAUUAUGUUAACAAGGACUUUAAAAAUGAAUUCAAAGGUCCAAAUUUGCAAAAGGUGGAAAAGAGUGUAGAAGAAGACUAUGUCUCAAAUAUUCGAAAUAACUGUUGGAAAGAAAGGCAACAAAAAACUGAUUUACUCUAUGCAGCAAAAGUUUAUCGGGAUGAUCGACUGCAAAAGAAAGCAGAAGCUAUUUCCAUGGACAACUGCAAAGAGCUAGAACGAUUAACGAGCAUCUAUCGAGGAGGAUGAGCUAGAUUUUUGAUCUAUACUGCUUGAAGUACAUGCUUCCUGAGAAAAAUACUGUUUCAUCAUGACAGCUGAAAAGGAGAGAUAUAAAACUCUACAGUGUAGCUAUUUCCCAAAACCUUACCCUGAAGUUUCAAUAUCAUUUAAUAGCCUCUUUACAUAGUCUGAAACACAUGACAGAGAUUGUUUACAUCAUUGAAUUGUCCUUCAUAUUUUACUCCCAAAACUUUUGUGAACAUUUCUACAAGAAAGAAAGCAAUUUGGACAAGCUGCUCCACUAGAGAUGUAGAUGUAGUGGCUCUCUUACUAAAAUACUUGCCAUGUAAAUAUAUGUGGAAAAUUAUCUUUAUGUAUAUAAAAAAUGUUAUGGAUAUUUGAAGGCAUUUAGAACAUUAAAAGUUUUAAUCUCAAUAGGUGGAAUAAAUACUAUGACUACAUCAUUACUUAUACAGAUGUCAGGUUUGUGGAACUAAGGAAGGAAAUAGAGGUCAUAGGUUUCUUUUUUCUUUUCUUUUUUCCUUACUAAGACAAAAUUAAGAUCUAUACUGGAGGAGAGAAAUGUUGUAUAUUGAAUGUACAUUGUACAUGAGUUCUUAAUAGCAGAAUAUUUUGGUGUUCCAAAAGAGAGCAGUUAAGCAAAUGCUGCUGUUCAGAUCCGUCUGUAGUUUGGUUUUUAUUUCACUUUUUUUUUUUUUUAAUUAAUAAUCUAGGAGUGUUUUUAACUUUACAGCUCUAGUUCCUAUUCUGGUAUUAAAAGUUGGUUAAGAAAGUUGUUCUUAAAGUUCAGCCUUGUGCCUUUUGGUUGGUUGGUUGAUUAACCUUAUUUCUGAACUGUUGUCAUCAAUAUUAAUGGAAGCCAUGGUCUUGCCCAAGCACUUGAGCUAAAGUCAUAAUGUAGAAGCUUCAGGCCAGAUGUGUAUCAAGGGUAGCACUGAUGAUAAAAGUGAUCUGCUUCUAAAGAUCAUAUAUGAAAUAUUGGUUAUAUAAUCACUCUUGCCAGUUUAAAUUUAAAGUGGUUUUGGAAAAACUAAAGAAAAGACUUGAAAGUUCAGAACUGAAUUUAUAUGUUUAUAAGCUACCAUAUAACUAAUAUGGCAAAAUAUUUAUUUUUUAUUGAUUUGUAUACUUUGUUCUAAGGGCAGCCAGUGUGGGAUAGGCUAGAAAAUAGCUACUUUCACAUGAAUCAGCAAAUCAUUGUACCUUGUAACAUAAAGAUGCCACCUUUAACUGAAAGAUGGUACUUCAGAAUUACUAUUUCAAUGAAGCAACUUGCAUUGUGGUGUGCUGCAUAUAAAAUUUAGUUUUGAAAACAUGUAAUUUUUCUUAAGUGGCUCUUAAAUCUCUUGACUUAGAAGGUCACAUGAACACAGUUUUAACUACUGCUGUGGAACAAAAGCCAACCAAUAUGUGAGGGUCUUUCCUUUUCAAUGGAUAAUUAUACAGUGACAUUAUUUCCAAGCUACUGUUUUAAUAAUAGUAUAACAUUUUUGUAAAAAGAGAGAGAGAGAGAAAUCUGAAAUGUGUUUUGGGUAAAAAAAAAAAAAAAAUCUGGAACAGAUUGAGUUAUUCCUGUCAUAACAUUUCAGGGAGCAAGUUUCUUUGGUGUCCUGAAUUAGUUUCAAAAUGAAAUUCAGCUUCACUGAAAAAACAGACCUACAGUAAUCUAUUUUCCCUCAUCAGCAAUCAAAUUAUUGGACAAACAGGGGUAUAUAUAAAAUUCUGUCAAGCUAUUUCAGUUAUAUCUUCAGUUUUAUAGAGAAAUAAUCAAUACAGGUUCCCUAUAUUCUUAGUUAUCUGAUACAUUUCACUUCAUGAAUUUGGCUUAUUUUGAGGAUCACUCAGUCUGGACAGAGUUGCAAAAUUACUGGAAUUUUUUUUAAUUAUGCGCUAAAAUUAUAUGUAUCAUUAUAGCUUUAAGUUUCAUACAAGCACACCAGCCUUGAUCUGUGUCCCUUCCUUAUAGGAAGAAAUGGUAAGGACAGAAAUAGCAAGGUGUGGUAAAUCAAAUAUUAUAAAUAUGAAUUUUCAAAAAAAAUUUAAUUUGUAUGUUUCUAAAAUCUGUUAAUUUAGGUUGCCUAACGUUUCAUAAAUGAUCCUUAAUUCCAAGUAAAUAUCUUAUAAUGAAUUCAGUAUUUCUUAAUAAAUUCAGGAUUGCAAGUGUAGAUACAGUUUUAUAACAACAUCCACAUGAUUGUUUUUAUGGGAUUUCACUGAUGUUAUUGGAACUGCACAGGAGCCUUGCUGUAUAUUUAUUGAGGGAUGAAUUUUAGCAAUACCAUGUUCAAGAAUCAUUAAGCAAACUUGGAAAAAUCUUCCAGUAAUCCAAAGUUAAAUGCAUUCAUGGUAUGGGAAUUUAACAGAUUCUGCACAGAAAUCGUUGAGAACUGAAUUGUCCAAUAACGCAGUUCUCUUCUGGCAGCUAUUAUGAGAAUGUUAGGGGUGCUGUGCAGGCACUCUACUUUUGUAUAAGUCUCUGGCCAUGCACCAUAGUCUCCACUGGGAUAAACUGAAACUCACACUCCAGAAACCUGGGGCGGGGGGGCAGAAUUAGCUUUGAAAACCUGCAGUUUAACCAGUAGAAAAAUUGAAUGUAGAUAAAAGAGACUUCUGUGGGCAACAAAAAUACUUGGUAACUUUCAUUUGGCUGCUCAAGAUUAACUUUACUAACACUUCCAUAGUGAAUCCAUGGGCUUGGAUCUAAAGAUGCUUUGUCACUAAUGGUAUUUUAAAGUGACCCCUCUCCUCUCCUGCUACAGCUCAUAAUAUAAUGCUGUAUCUUAAUCUCUUAAGAGCAGGUGUUUGGAAAGUUGCUAAUAGAACUAGAAAGCCUGCUUGUUCAAACUGUGGGUCUUUUAAUCCAAGCCAAAAUGCUGACGCAAAACCUGUUGAAAUUAGUGGAACUUGUUUUCAAAUGAUAUGUGAGAUUUGGAUCUCCAAGCAUGAACUACUAGUUCAUAACGGAGGCUUUAGCCCUAUUAGUUUAUGCGCGAAUCAUCUUAGAGAAUGGUUAUACUGAUUAAUUGUAUUCGUUUAUCCCUAUUUGCUGCAUACCUUCCUUUCUGAAAGGACUGUUUUUAGAAUUGGGAUAGUAAUGGCUUUAUAUAAAGUUGAUACAUAAUAAAGCUUAGGCUUUCAAGAACAUCUAUUUUCCUAGAGGUAUUUUCCUCUAAGAUCAGUAAGUGGAAAACAUUACUAAUAAUUGAAAACAUGGACAGCAUUUCACUUUAAACAUAAUUUUUUACUCUCUAAUUUGACAGGACACUGACCUGAUUGCCUUAUGCUUGCUUAUUUCUUUUUGAAAAUAGCCACAAAGGCUGUGAAUUUCAUGUCAGAGCUUUGCUAGGUAAAGAAGUGUUAAAUCACUUCCAUCAAUGCCAUAAUCUCAGUCUACUCAUUUUAUUAGUAAAUAAUUUUUUUAGCUUUGGGAGAAAAAAUGGUUUAGAUGAAAGAGCAAAGUUAAAAAAAAAAAAGUCUCCAUCACAGCUAUUCCAACUAAAGGUGAAGCUUCUUGAAUGAACAAAAAGUUGGAAGAUGUGAUUAUGGAUCUCUUGCAAAUUUGUGCAGUUCUGCUUUCCAUUAUUCCUGGUUAGCCUACAAGUUACUUUAGUUUGGGGCACUUGGUCAAGUCAGUUUUUAUUCUUUUGGCCUAAAUGGUUUAUGAAUGGAAGAGUUACUGGCUUCUUUUAAGUUGCCUUGAUGUAUUAAAAAAAAGCACAGUUGCAAGUUGUUUCUUCUUUCUUUAGAAAUGUCACUUGGAUGUAUUAUAAUCUCUGCUUAUCCCUUCACUGCUUUAAGUGCUGUGGUACAUAAUACUGUUUCCAGUUUUCAAGGCAUUAUCUCCAUAAUACUGUUUCCUGUUUUAAAAGCAUUAGGUAUAACAGUGCACCAGACAGUGUGGUUUAUGAUUUACUGAGCCAUAAUUCAUAGCAAAGCUAAACUAGACUUUAUUAAAAAAAAAGACAAAACAUUUUUAUUUCAAAUUAAUGUUAAGUUAAAACAAAGAUUAAAAGCUCUCUUCUAAUAUGGCAAGAAACAAUAGAUCAAAAUAAAUGAGGCAACUGAUUAAUUGACAAUAGGUCAUUACAUUUGGUAGGUAGAUCUUGCAGAACAAGAAUCAUUUAUAGGAAUAAAAAUCCUAAUUACUAGCAACCUUAGGUGAAAGUUUAAGCAUGUGUUAAUACAUGGACAAUUGCUUCUUAUGAACAUGAUUCAAUUGGUGAAGUUUAUGGGUGGGCUUUUCCAAAUCAGUCCCACAGAAAUAAAUGUAGGCCGCUGUACAAAAGUGCCUAACAAAUUGGGCCCCAAAGUUUAGAUUAUCGGUGGCCCAUGUAAUAUUAAUAUUACAACAGCUUUUCUGAUUUGCAGAAUAACAGCAUAGUUCUAGAUCAUAUGCCAGCUUUGUUAAAAUUUUGCUUUAAAAUAAUAAUAUGCCUUACAUUAAGGAUUAUGUUAAGGUUGCAUGUUUUUAUUUUUAUUUUUCUUAGCUUAUAUGUUUUAUUUCUUUUCACUGCAUCAAAGGUCUUUUGGUAUGGGGACUGCUAAUCUUAUAAAUGACUAGGUAUGUAUACAUCUGUGUAUUGCUAUAUGUAUUUCCUUGCAUCAUACCUCCAACUUGUGAUUGUAUAAUACUGUAUGACUAAAUAUUUGCAGAGAGUACCAUAAAUAGUAGGGAUUUGGAUGUCAUGGCAAGAAAAGAAAUUGCCAUACCUUUUCUUUCCUUGCUAAUCUUGUCGCACCUCAGUUGUGGCAUAUAUGAUUAGCUACAAACAGUAAUUUGAUGUCUGGACCUUUAUUGCAAUAAAACCAUGUCUUGGCUUACCAAGCAAAGCUUUGCUCCUACAUAAUGAAUAUAAGGAGACGUGAGCAAAAAUUGUUUAUCGCUUGCAAACAGAGAAAGUAGAAAAGAAGAAAACUGCCUUAAUUGUGGAUUGCUCAGUGCAAAGGUAGUGUGCAAAUUCAUCAGUAAAUAUUACCUAGGUUAUAAAUGAUAAUUUGCAAUAAGAAUAUCUGUGGCUUCACAUCAUGUGUUUAGCCAAUUUUAGUGAUAGUUCAGGAAUUCCAGAUAUGUUUAAAUAUUAUGUCUGUAUAGGGUCUGUAUAUGGGAGGACAUUCUGGAUGAAGAACAAUCAGAACUGAGAGUGAGUCAAUUCUCCUUCCCUCCUGAAUUUCUCUCAAAAAUAGACUUCCUGGAGGAGAUCUUCGGGUAGCAGAGAGGAAGAAAAAAGUUUGGUCAUGUGAGCAAACCUCUGCUCGUGAAACUCUGGAUUUCACCCUCUAGUUCUUACAGAAUCUAAUUUAAACCUGUGAAGAUUUGCUUUUUUUCUAAAAGCUAAACAUAUUUCUCCAUUUGAAUAAAGUAAAAUAAUAGAGAUGUUUUACCAACAGACAUUCCUUAACUGUUUGCUAACCUUUCACAUAACAAUCUGAUAACUACUGUUUGUUCAUGAGGUUUUAUAAAACUUGACUAAAUAUGUAAGUUUCACUUGGCAGGAGCUCUGUGAGCAUAAAUAAAUUUAUUUUUAAGUAAAAGCAUUUAGAAUUUAACCCGUUUUGUCUGCUUUAAAAAUCUGAAUGGACUUCAGUGUUAAUUCUUGGAAGAUGAUGUUUUCAAAUCACGCUUUAAAAAUCUAUCAAAGAUGCCCAGGAACAGAAAUCCAUUAAAAUUUAGGAUGGCAUCUUACAAAGAUCUUAUUUUAUUUAUCUGUACAUUUAUGGUUAGGAAUAAAGAAAAAUAAGAUCCUAUUUGUAAUGUACCUAAUAUCAGACUUAUAUCAAAAUAAAACUAUUUUCAGUGUGAACAGACUAUCUACUUGAUUAUUCAUCUCGUCACAUUCAGAUACUAGCACGUUACAUGGAAGCAACUGCACAGAGACUUGUUUGUAAAAUACUCUAAAGUGUAACCCAGGAUUUACAAUUCAUAAUGGUUAAACCAAAACUAUAUGUCUUAAGUUAUGCAAACCAGGCCAUCAAGUUAAUGUGGUUUGUUUUGGCAUAGCAUACUAGGUCAAUACAUGAGCAUGUUUGUUAAAUAUGGUUUAGCCUGUUGGGCAAACAAUUUCUUGUUCUUCUAAUCAGAAUCCUGUUACCUAAUGGAAUUAAA